AUGUGGAUAUUGCUAGUCCCCAUGGGCUUGUGCGUUCUCGUUAAGAUCUACACAAAGUGGGAGAUGGUAAAUCGGUUGCAACUCGAUGAUUUUCUCCUGAUCUUUGCCAUGGUAUAUAUUCUUCAACAUCUUCAAGCUCGCUGCUCAUUUUAAUCUUUCUACUUUUAGUUGGCUGCUGUUGGUCAGAUAGUUGCAACAUCUGCGCAGGUAGAGUAUGGACUGGGUCAAAACCAGACAUCUCUAUCAUACAAACAAGUGGAACAGUUCUUCCUGGUAUGUUAUUUAUCUGAAGAGUUCGAGUUCUAAGGCUAAGAUCAAUGACUAGGCCCAAUAUGUAGGUCAGAUAAUGUACAUCCUCGCUAUCUUCAUUGCCAAGCUUGUGGGACUCUACUUUUUCCUUUGCUUGACAGCUCAUGAUAUCAGAACAAGGUUCGUACAAGGAGCUAUAAUUUUUGUCGCAAUCUGGCUUUUUGUAAGUAUGUUUGUCGUCGGCUUGCAGUGCCAGAUACCAAAACCUUGGAUUAGCGAGUCCAAUCACUGUAUAAAUCAAGUAUAUGCUCUUUCUUCGAAGUUUCCGCAUUCCAAUGCUAAUGAAAACCAGCGGGUGUUUUGGGUGGUCUUUGCAGUUAUCGAUGGAUUAACCCAGAUACUGGUCGGUCUCCUACCAAUUUAUCUCCUCCAAGGACUCAACAUGCCUAUAUCGAAGAAAAUCCUCUCCAUGCUUUCUUUCUCUCCAAACUUGAUGUAAGUUUUCCUUAACCCACAAGACAAAUUUCAACAACUAAAGACUCGGUAAAAAGAACACUAUCUUUGAUCGUCCUGCGCCUUAAAUACCUCUGCACCUCAUUCCACUCCCAAAACUAUACGUGGGACUCCUUCAACCUAGCGCUAGUAACCAAUAUCCACGCCAGCACAAGCAUAAUCGCAGCCAGCAUACCCUUCACAAAACUCUUCAUCGACAGUCUUGUUCUCUCCCCGCACAUCGUGACGGACGGAACGAGAGGGGUUGUAUCUUCUGCCCGCCCUACACUACGAGGAAGUGUUGUCUCAACUUCUAAACCGCGGAGGAGCCCCGAAGACCAGGUGAAAUGGCCGGGAAGUAAUUUGAUAGAGCAUGUCACAGCGGUAACAAGCAUCAAGUCGGAUUCGGGCUGGGAAGAGUUACAGGAUUAUAAUGGUUCCAAUAGGGAUAAAGGUUCAGAGGAGCGGAUUGUUAUCAGGCAGACUACAAGUACUACUGUAACGUUUACCUGA